AUGAGUGAAACAGAAAAGAAACGUCCAGUCAUUGCUGGCAGAGAAAGAGUAUCAGAGAAGAUAGCCAAAGGCAUUGUCUGUCCUCCACUCCAGGAAAAACCAUCACGCCACUGCGAUGAGCUCACAUUCCUGCUGGGCCGCAUCUACAGGGGCUGUGCAUAUGUUGGGUGGUUGCAUGACUAUGCUGUUUCUCAUGGCUGUUUUCUAGGGCCAGGGCCUGGUCGAUACAUCCUUCCACCGGCGAUUGGCUUUGUGGGCCAUGAUUUCACCAAGUCAACAAGUCCUGCUUAUACCUUUCAUGGAAGAAUGAGUAACAACAUGCAUAACAUUGACUGCAGUCCAGGGCCUAAAUAUCAUAUUGAUGCCAAGCUGACUCGCUUUGGAAGAGACGGCACUCCUGCUUACUCCUUACAUGGCAGGAUGGAAAGUCAAGGUGGGAUCCUCUCUACUCCAGGCCCAGGAACAUACAGUCCUGAAAAAGCUUCUCUUUCCAGCACCCAUCGCAAGCCGCCAUCCUACACCAUGGGUUACCGUACUCAGUAUCGCUCUAUUGAUGCUGUGCCGGCCCCAAACAAAUACACACUUCCUUCUCUCAUAGGAUCCAAUGUCCUGACCAAAACAUCCAGUGCCAGUUACACCAUCUCCGCAAGAUGCAAAUCUGGGGGUCCGGCUGAGGACUGGUCCAAAACUCCAGGUCCCAGUAGAUAUAACCGCACAGAUCCCAGUGUGUACCUGCCGAGGCAGCCAGCGUUCUCCAUGUUGGGUAGACAUGCUAAUGGAAGGGAGGCCACACAAUAUCCUGGUCCUGGAAGUCAUAACCCUGAGAAAGUGACUGCGCACAAGCCCAGGCCUCCUGCUUUCUCUUUAGGCAUCAGGCAUUCUGAGUUUGUCACUCCUUUAGUGGUAGAUUAGUAGUAUUUUGA